UUGCACAGUGUGUCUCUCAAUAAACGGAAGCCAUGUUUCAGCUUUCAGGCAAAACUUUUGAGUAUUGCUAGUUACACAUUUUUUAUUUAUUUCUAAGACUGUUUAGUGGUAAAAAGAAAAAGGGCCAACAGUAAAGGCUAUAAACUGUUUCACUUCAGUUUACUUGACAAUUGACACUUCACGACAGUUGACAUUGACAGUUAAAGACUUAAAGUUGUUGACAUUUUACCGCAGGCAGCUAGCAUAUAUUGAGCCUUAGGUCCACUUCACACAUCAAAGGCAUUAGCCAAGAUAAGUGGCGUCGAAGAAUCGAAAUCUUCAAAGUGUGAUUUAAAAAUUAUAAUUUUGAAAGUUUAAUUACUUUAAGAUUACAAUUCUUCUCUCCUGAAUAGCGUCUGUCACAAAAGUUAAAUAACCUUAAAGGCAAUCGGUCGUUUAACUCAAAUUGUUGCAAGAAAAAUCGAGGGAAACUCCGACGUUAACUUGCUUUCUUUUCUACAUGUCAAGUGCAGAAAGGGUAGUUGUUCAUCCCCUACAGUGAAAUUUCUUUGCUUUCUGUUCAAAAAGCAUAAAAAAUAGCAUCUAACGUAUUUGAAAUGGAAGAAGAACAAGUCCAAGCACAAAUUUUGUCUGGCCCAGAUGGGGACAACUCAAAUGACUGUGUCUCAAGUAAGGAAACAUCUAGCAACAUGCCUCAACCAGCACGAAAAGAAGAUCACAUUGAAGAAGAGUGUGAAGAUUUUGGACAGAGAAAUCAGAGUAUUUACACCCCAUCGUUGAAAAGUCAGGCUGCCAAAACUGCCAAGCAAAUCAAAAUUGACGAAAAAAACAAACUGAUUCAAGAAUGGUGUUUGUACGACGGUUUCAACUUCAUCCUUAUCAAGAUGACUGAUGCAUUGAUUAGGUGUGGAGCGAAUCCUAAAAUCAAACAAUGUGUACACCAACUGUGGGCUGCAUACUUGGCCCGAAUUAAAAUUGCAUAUUGCGAAUACCCAGUUGCAGCUCCAGCUUACAAUGAACAAGAGGAGGAAGCAAUCAUUGAUGAAGAACAAUCAAUAUUACCAAACUGGUUUUCUCAAACUACUGACCAAGGAUCGCAGGAAGGAAAGAAUAAAAAUGAUGAACCCAAGGAUUUGUUGUUUGCCCCCAAAAAAAUGGCCAUGACGUGUAGGACCUACUACAGAAAGAAAGAUCAGUUGGUAGACACCCCCGAUGAAGAAUUGUCACUGAGCGAAAAGCGCACGAAAAGACGGAAAAUCAAGAGUUCCUACAUGAAACUGGCGCUUAGCGGAGCAGACACCGACAUAGAACGGGCGGAAUCACUGAAGGAGGCUGAGGCAGAGGCUAAGGCAAAAAAAAGAACAAACGUUUACCAAUUACCCCGCAUGUAUACCAUGAAACAUGCAGUUCCUGAAUGCUUUCCUGAGGGUGAACUAUAUACUGACCUUCUUCGAGCAAAAAAGACGAAAGACUAUACAGCUCCCAAAACAACUUAUAACGAUCCAGAGUAUAUGACGCUGCAUAAACUUUUGGCGUUUCUUCACGGGGCCCUUCUCAUGAAAGGUGAAGUAAUAUCCUACGGCGACUUGUCAAGAUGGGUACGUGAAGGCCAUAUACCAUUGUACGCAGCGCAUCGACUUUUACCGCCUACGAUGCCGGUUAGUCGGACGGAUUCGCUGGUAUUGGGAGGUCUUUCAUCUAGUCGCUCUGAAGGGGCUCCAAACUCGAGAAUUUUUCGCCAAAACACAGCCCGGCUUUUAACGAUGUUAAAUAUUUCAUUGGUGCCAAAGCCUCCAGCUUAUUUGUUGGCAUCUAAAGUCAUACGUGAUCUGCAGUUACCUGAUGAACUGAUCGUAUUUGUGAGACAUUUUGAUAAGCUUGUUUCAGAAAGCAAUCUUGAUGAAUGGAAGCUGUCUCCGUUUGGCAAUAAGGUUGACCGUCAGACCAUUUACGCCGCCGCCUUGGUUCUCGUCUCUAUAAAGUUUGUCAUGGGUCUAGAUGGAACAACGGAGUACAAAAUAUCCGAUUUUGCCGCGAAAUACAACGAGUUACUGAAAUUAAAGCCCUCCUCCGGCUUCUCUCGCAGACAAGCCUCCGCCGAAAAUGGAAAUGACGACUAUGAAAGCCACCAGCCAGCAACUUCGGACAUAAAACCCUUGUUUGUGUGGAAGGAAUGGGUUCGUUUCAUCGAGUAUCGGCGGAUCUCCAUUGAACGCACGCAUGUCCCUACUGCAAUCCGGAAAGAAUUGUUGGACAAAAUGGAUCCUGAAUACGUCCUUCGUUAUGCCGAAAACGAAGGUUUCUUGCUUUGCAAUAGCAGUACCGAGGAGCCACCGGAAAAAGAAAAAGCCCUUUUAUCUUUUAUUAAAAAACUUUCUGAAACCUACCCAAAACCGUUCACGCCUACGAAAAGAAUUCCGAGCUUUCGUCCGUGUAUCCUGGGCACACAUGGUUUGGCUGAGCAAUUGAUUGAAUUCGACGAAUCGAAAUAUGGUCUACUUAAGCAAGAUUUUUCCUCUUCGUCGUUGGUGUUCGCACGGAAUCCAAGAGUUUUAGCCAGUGCCCUUAAGAAGGCCAAUCCUCCACAUAGUCUAAAAAUGCAGAAAGGUCCUGCCUAUAAAGAGGCCAGACUAACGACGCCCUUUAUCAACUCACGUUGCGCUGUCCAGUCAAAGAACGCGCGGACUCCAUACGGCGAGACAAACCGCUACGGCGCUAAAAUGUUGGAGUUACAUCCUGAGAUUGUACCUGUUUCCGCCUUGUCUGACGAAGAAGGCGAAGAAGAUGACGAUAAUUGUACCCAACCAGAGCCUAGUCUUCUACUAUUCCAACCAGCAGCUGUUUACUGGACAACCUCGGCUAUAGCUAAACUUAUGUCAAUCAACGAAUGGGAUUUAUUCGCUGUUGGGUUGCCCCCCACAUUUUUGUGGAUGCUGAAGCUUAUCUGUGAAAGCAUUGAAGAAAGCCCAAGAGAUUUUUAUAUUCCGUUUAAUUAUGUGGAGACUCUGAUAAUGUUUAGACGUACGGAACUCAAACACACCCUUUCAGACGGUAAAUCUAUGAAACGCCGACUGCUUGGGGCAUUGAGGACAGACAUUUAGCUGGAGAGAAAUUGUAUCAUAAGAGUAUAUGCAGUGUCGAUCAUCAACUCCCACGGUUGUGGUAUUCACAUUUCAAAAUUUGUCAACAGAGAGCUGGAACUCACUCAAUUCCAUCACUGUUCUAGCUAGUUGUAUGUGCCAAUCAGAUUGCUUGAUGUUGCACUUCAGCGAGAUGGAAUACAUGUUUCGGAAAUUCUCA